UUAGGUGUUCCAUAGCAAAAGAACAUUUGACAAGACGCUUGACAAAGGGUCGCUGUAUCCAUCUUUUUUAAAAAAUUGCAUAAAAUGGAAAAGCAAGCUGGAGAAAAAUCAGAAUGCUCAAGAACAGGUGUACGGAACAACGAUCAGGAUCUUGGUGCUUCUUGGUUAAAUUUCUGCAUACAGGAGACAUUAUUACCUGGAAAGCCAUGGCAUAAGGUUUUAGGUAGACUGGAAGCGGCUUUGGCCGCUGAAGUGAAGCACCAGCUGAAGGAUUCCGCAUGGAGAGAAGUCGUUCUCCGUCUCCUCGGCCAGAGUUUUGUCAAAAGAUAUUUUGGCAGUUGUCCCGGUGGUUCUGAUUUGCUAUCCUCCGUGGGCACGAGCGACAAAAGCAAACUGGAGGAAGAUGCAAAGACCUGGCUACGGGAUCAGUGCUUGAAGGCAGCAGAACACAUUCACUGUCAGCUCAGCCUCGGUGCAAAGGCGUCCAGUCUGGCUCCUGAAAUGGUUCAUUUUCUCAAUGACAUCUACAACACUGUUGUAGCAGAAAUGGAGCUGCUUUUGGCCAUCUGUGAAGUCCAGAAGAAGGAGAAAGAUGCCCAAGAUUGCGAAAGUUAUUUCCAAGUAUCCCAGCUGCAAAUGGCAAGAAACCCUCAACAGCCUUCCAGGGAGUACAAGAGGCCCAAAUCCAUCGAAAGUAAAGACAUCCAUCUGGCCUUAUUGAAAACACCAGUUUCUCAAGUAAAUGGAGAAGGUGCCCACUUGCAUAUCAGACCUGCGACAAACCUUCCCGUUCUCAGUUGCCCAGAGAGUGACUUACUAGGGGAUUUGCUGUGUGCCAUUAUCGCAAGAGGAUCAGAGAGUCUCUUAACAGUGUGCGAAAGGCUUAGGGGGAAUCUGCUUCCCAUGAGACUUCGUCAGUUUAUUUGGAUUAGUCGCCUCCUGAGGGCAGACUCCAAAAGCCAAAAGGCCAAAACGCUGGCAUCUAUCGAAAGAGAAGCCAGAGCGAGCUUUGGGCAUGCAGUAGCACGGCGGAUUGCCGAACUGAAACUGCGAACUGCCACUCGGUCACCAGUUUCAGGCCUUAUUGAAAGUGCAGUUGUGCAGAAUUACAGCAAGAUCCCUUGCAUGAGUCCUUUUGCUACGAAUGAGCAGAUGGUUUUAGAGUCCAGCAAAAGCUUAAACGUCUUGUACGUUUCCAGUGGUAUCUACGAAGGGUACCUUAUCCACUGGCUCUUUCCUCUGCAGGUGGCAUUUCAGCAAAAAACACCAACAGAUGAACACCCCUAUGAAUUAGCCAUGUACCUACAUUCCCUGCGCCAGAACCUGUUCCCAAGCUGGGCAGAAGUCCAUGCCGCAGCUGACACAGUGAUGAGCUUUCUGGAGAGAGAAGAUGCCACAUUCUUCAAUCACCUUUGGAGUUCUUUGAGAAAGAAUAUCACCAUUGAUCCUCAAGAUUUCUUGGUGAAUCAGAUACUUCAGGAACCAUUCAGAACUCAGCAGAUCUUGGCAUUUGAGAAGAAAAGUCAGUCAACACCAAGCGUGGCCAAGGAGCUGCUGGCAAACCCGGCUUUCCUCCUGAGGAAGUGGAUGGGUGAGGGGUUUGUCGGUGUGCUGAACUUACCCGCCCUGCUGUUGGUCUGGGAUCAGCUCUUCAUGCAGAACUGGAACAUAAACGUGAUGCAAACUUUCUGUGCCUCGAUCCUUCUGUUAUUAAAGGAUUCGUUCAUGGCAGCUGGCGACUACCCUGCAGUCAGAGAGGUGUUUCUCACGUAUCCUUCUCAUCUUCUCACGGCUGAUAUUCAGAAGGCCUGGAUUCACCUGCAGCAAGGAGGCUUACCCACUGACAUUCCAGGGCAUAACAGUCUGAGCCAUAGGGACAGGGUUGCUGGCCUCUUAGGGGACUCCCAACGAAUAUAGAUUUGGCCAGAUUAACGUGGUGCUCACAGAAGAGAGCGCUUCCUUGCACCCCGUGGCUGAUCUACGUGGAGGAAAAGGAAACACAGCUAGAGAGAAUGCCGUCUUGGAUGCUCAACUGUUCAGCCUUGUAGCAGGGCUUUCCUCAUUUACAAGUUGUACAAAGUUUACAAUUAAUCCCUUUCUUAUCGUGACCAUUAUUUUAAUUUUAGUUAUUCAAAUGAUUUAUAGGCCAACUUUCCAACCGUGAGGGAGGGUAUCAAACUUUGGUCAAUAAAUACAAAUCACACAUCUGUAUAUCAAUUAAAACAGGCCAGUAAAACA